AUGCCGCGGAGUAUGGCGGAAAAGGCACGUCAGAAGAGGAAGAGCAAUAUGAAUAUUUGGCCUGCUGCGACUCAGGCCGUAUCGACGACUUUGGCUUCUCUGGUUUUAUCUCCACCUACUGCUUCUGUUUUCAGCCAUGAGGUCAGAAGCCCAACGGACCAUGGCACCGUAGCCACCGGCAAUACCGGUAUGGUUGGGAGCAAUAUGAGCCCAACCACUCGUGGGAACAUCGCAGAGCAAAUAAUCGGUCUGGACGUCUACUCUCGUCCUUAUGAAUCUAGCCAAGACCACUCGCAUGAAGACCACGAUCUUCCAGAAAGCCAUUUAUGUCCGCUCACUUUCUGCUUACCUCGACCCUCCGGUCUUGGAAACCAGCCAGCAUCAGACCGUUACUUUAACCCUGGACAUCUCUACCCCGGCAAACAACCCAUGACAAGCAUCCAGAUUGGCGUGGGCCAAUUCAUCUUCCUCGCCUGCCCCGUGACCCCGCCUUGCAGACACGGUCAUUUAGCUCCCCAUAUGGAAGCCCCUGUGAUUUCAAUCCACGGAUCCUGCUCCGGGGAUGGCACAGAUACCGCGCGUGGGGCAAUUGGUGUCUGGUUUGGCGAGAGUCCCAAAAACCUCCGCCAACCUCUCGAUGGCCUUGAGCGCUGUACAAGCCAGAUAGCGAAUCUGUACUCCGUGAUAGCAGCUCUCUCUCACGUGGCACACAAUAUGGAAAAGUGGUCGCGAAACCGCAGCAAUGGGCAUGAGAAAGUUCCUUCCAGAUUACAUACGGUCGUUAUCAAGACUGAUUCUGACUUUGUCAUGAAUGUCACGGGUUUACUUGAAAAGUGGAAGAAUCAGGAUUGGAAACGGGGUAAUGGUAAGCCCAUUGCAAACCAGAAGCUCUGGAAGCAGAUCGACGACUACUUGGUUUACCUGGAGGGGAAGGGCAAGAUUCGCGUCAAGUUCUGGAAAGUAGAUUCUUCCCAGAACGAGCUGGCUGUCAGUUUGGCGGCGCAUGCUUUGCGAUACCCACCUAUGAAGAAAGAGUUGAACGCACUGAUGAGACGAUGGAACUAUCAAUUCAAUUGA